AUGGCCCCAAGCAAGCAGAUCCAGAUCGCUAGGAAGUCCACCAGGUGGGAAAGCCUCCCUCCCCGCCCCCACCAGCAAACAGCUGGCCACCAGGCAGCCAAGAAAAGUGCGUCCUCUACCGGAGGGGUGAAGAAAUCUCCUGGCAAUAGGCCUGGGGCCACUGCUCUACCAAAAUCUACUGAGCUGCUCGUAUGGGAGCUGCCUUUCCAGAGGUUGGUGAGGUUGGCCCAGGCUUUCAAAACCGACUUGAGGUUUCAAAGGGCAGCCAUUGGUGCGCUUCAGGAGGCUGGUGAAGCAUAUCUCGUGGGGUUGUUUGAAGAUAACAAUCUGUGUGCCAUCCACGCCGAGAGAGUCACCAUCUUGCCCAAAGACAUCCAGUUGGCUCGCCAGACACAGAGUGGGGGUGGGAGAAGAGAAGCUAAGUCAAGUCAAGGAGGUUUUUAUGGCAUUUUGUAG